AUGUUAAUUUAUAAGAAAGCAACUCCAUAGGGUAUAUGAUAUUAUGAAUUAUUUUUAGAACUAUAAAAAUAUAGGGAUGAUCAAGUAAAUAACUGGAAAAAGGAGAAGGAUUUACAAAGAUUAUCAGAAAGCUAAGUCAACUAAAUGUUAGAUUUAUUUCUUUUAUUUGCAAAUCAACGUACAUUUACAAUAAGAGUAUAAUUUUAAAUGAUUUGAAGACUAAAGAUGUUGAAGCUUAAAAUACUCUCUUGAGAGUUAAUGAAGAGUCCACUCUAUUUUAAAAUGUUUUAUCAAAAAUGAUUCUUAUAGAUGAAGAUUUAAAUUUUAUCAAUUUCUUGAAGCUCUAUUUAUAAAGCAUUGUAUAUAUAAUGGCAAAUCUAUAUAGGGGGAAGCACAAUAAGAGGAAUAAUUAAAACAAUUAUUUACAACAUUAACUGCAAAAGGGACAAUCACUUUAGAAGACUUAAAGAAACUAGCUUAAGAGUUGGAUCACUAUCAUCUUAAAGAGGAAGACUUAAAUGAAAUUAUGAAAGGGAUAUCUGCCAAUGGAUAAGAAAUUACAUA